AUGGGUAUUCUAUCACUUUUCUCGAUUUUGGGAAAUUUUGUCGCAGUACGUAAUUUGGUCGAUAAAGCUAUCAUUGACAAUUUAGUAUUCAGAGCGCACUACAAAAUUACCGCGAUGAUAUUUUUUGCGUUCUCUAUGUUAGUAACAGCUAACAGUUAUGUUGGUGAGUGUUUAUGUAUUUUUAUAUGAGUCUAUGUCGGGUGUGUUUUUGUUAAAACUAAAAACUGGGUAGUAACUAGUUACAAAGUUACAAGUUAUAAAGUUACUAAAAUUAGUAAUUUUGCAACCUAUAUGUUACUUGUAGUUUUCUUGUAACUUGAAUUUAAUAACCUAACCUGUAUGUACCCUAAUGGCUUAUAGUUUUAAAACUGAAUAAAUGUUCAGGAUUUAUCUAAAUUAAAAUUUUUUAAGGUGAACCUAUAAUGUGUAUGUCUGAUGACGAACGUAUGGAUCAAUAUGUGACUACGUAUUGCUGGGUAACUACUACAUUUACAUUACCAAUUAAAAGUGGUCAACAAGCUAUUUACCCUGGCGUAGCUAGUUACUCUGAUGAAUCCAAACAUGACGUAAAAUAUCAUGCAUAUUAUCAAUGGGUACCUUACAUCUUAGUUUUACAAGGACUGAUGUUCUAUUCACCACAUUGGAUUUGGAAAAUUUUGGAAGGCAGAAAAAUUGGUUUGAUCACAGAAGGUAUACGUGGCAAUAUUUUGGGUCGAUCAGAAGAAAAAAUGUAUGUCAAAAACCUAUUAGUCAAAUACCUCAUCUGUAAACUAAAUAUGCACAAUAUUUACGCUUUUGGAUACUUUUUCUGCGAGGUAAAUAAUUAUUAAUAUAUUAAUAUCUCUCAAAACGUUUAUAGUCAAAUUUAAUACAAAUUAUUUCAUUUCAUUUUAGGUGUUAAAUUUUGUCAACGUUAUCGGAAAUAUAUUCCUAAUAGAUUGGUUUUUGGGAGGAGAAUUUUUAACGUAUGGUCUCAAAGUUCUAGAAUUCAGUCAGAUGGAACAAGAAAACCGUACUGAUCCAAUGGUUGCCAUAUUUCCAAAAAUGACUAAAUGUACAUUCCAUAAGUAUGGUCCAUCUGGAACAAUUCAGAGUCGCGAUUACCUUUGCUUGUUGGCAGUAAACAAUUUGAACGAAAAAAUCUACAUUGGCUUGUGGUUUUGGCUUCUUAUACUAGCAGUCUUUUCCGGUUUGAUACUUCUAUACAGUAUGGCGUUGUGUAUGAUGCCUAAGUUCCGAAAAUUAAUUUUGCGUCGUCGUUUUAAGUUUGGUUCAAAUAAAUUGGUUUCGAAACUUAUAGAUAGAUUUCAGGUAAAUUUCAUCAUUUAAUUAAAAUAAAACAAAUGUAUACAAAAUAUUAUUAUGCUACCUAAUAAAAUGGAAUAAUGUAUUAUUGUUUACAAUAAAAUAUUUGAAAAAUCUUUACAGUUAUUAGAUUAUUCAAUUACUUAAAUUAUUGUACCUAUACUUUUUUAAAACGUACCUAUUUCUCUAACAAUAUGUUUAGAUGAUAAAUAGUUUUGUAGUAAAUUGAAAAACUAUUUUAAAAUGUACAUGUUUCAGAUAGGAGACUUUUUGGUUGUUCAUUUUCUUGGACAAAACUUAGACAAUAUCAAUUUCAAUGAUGUUAUGACCGAACUUUGUUGUUCUCUGCAUAUGAUAGAUGAACCCUUAAAUGAAUCACCUUCAAAUUCAAUACUCUUCGAUACAGGCAAUGUAAAUGAACCAAUUAAUGUUCAAGCACAAGUGUAA